AUGGGGCAGCUUCUCAGGAAAUGCGCUCCGCGUCAAUCGCAGCAGCAAAAUCUGAAGAGGCAGGAGCAGUUUAUGCUGCUGCUGGUUGUCCUGUCGCCGUGCUACAUCGGCGUCUCAUCAGCAGUGCCAAUAUUUCUUCGUAAUGGGAUCGAUGCACAGACCGCAUGUGGCAUCUACGCUUGCACGGGUCAUGGCUUUCCGGCCGCCUUUCUGCUUACCACAUUUUCAUUGCCUAGUAGGAUCAGUGCCAACGGAAGUUUCAGAAAUUUCGUAGGUGUGCCACUGCAUAAUAGCCACCGUAGAUCCGGGGGACGGGACGUCCAACCUUUUUCUUCCCUGACCACAGACGACCAGAGGCUUGUCAAGACCCACUGCACGCCAUGGGGCAACCUGAGCUCACGGGCUCAUCUAAAAGGCCGCAGAGGUACAACGACAUUGCCAAUGUGGGAAGAUCUGCGUAUAGAGGCAGUAGCCCAUGGCUCUGCCAUGUGUCUAGUCAUGAGGGCGCACACCCAUCGGUCCCGCAGCAGACUGGGAAGGCCCCAAUCACAUAGAAAGGCUCUUUUAAGGAACCUUGCUACUCAGCUGUUAAGGCAUGGUAGCAUUACAACGACUGCGGCCAAGGGUCAAGAGCUGUGUCGUGUAAUGGACGCGAAGCUAAUUCUAGCGAAAAAAGGGGGACUUCACAAUUACCGUCAGGCUCUCGGAUUCUUCUACGACAAGAAACUGACGAGAGCGCUGUUCAAGCAAGUCAUUAAGGGAGAGCAAAUGGCGGUCCUUCCUGAGCUGAAGACUGAUAGGCUACGCAUGCAGCUAAGUACCGUAGGCGAAAGAUUUGCAGGCUUCAAAACAUCCAUUGCAGAUGAUUCGCGCAAGAGGAAACAGGUAGACGAACAGAGAUACCAGGCAAGUCCGCUAGCUAGAACCUCUGGAUUGCGAGACACUGCAGUGCGACAACAUGGAGAUUUUAUCCAGUUGAAUGGCUUCCAGUACUCACCGUCUGCCCGUGAUUUGUAUGAGCAGGAAAUUAGGGACUCAAUAGUGGCCGUUGAGAAAACCCUGAAUCAAGAGAUAAAAAGAAGGGUCGAUGCUAACAAGGCGCUGCAACAGAUAUCUGAGCAGAUGGCAAACGAAAUGCUGGACAGGCUGCAGCUGCGAAUAGUAAAAUACAUAGAAAGCCUUACGGUUUCGAUGGACAUGCUGAUAACACGAUGCGAAAGCCUGGAAAAGGGGCUUGCACAGAUGAAGGGAGAGCUGCCCAGCAAGCUUGCGCAAGAUUUCGCAUCUCUCCAGCGUGAAGCAGCGGCACUUCGUCAAGCAUUUACGACAGAGACAAGGAGCAAAAAUGAGCGUGAAAGUAUUGUGUGUAAAAAGUUUGGGGAAAUGCAGCUUCUUGUCGACUCUAAAUUUGAGGCUGAGAUUGCUGUCCGACAGGAACAGCUCAAUCUCAUAAAGAGAGAAGUCGAGAAGCUUGUCAAGGGGGACGAGGCACAUGAGCAGUUUCACGCCUUUAUCAUGGAAGAGUUGAUGGCCCUUAAGAACGGAUUGGCCCUCGCCACGCAGGCAAGGGAACAGUCGGACGACGAGAUCAUACAGGCGAUCAAUCAGUACACCACAGCACUCCAGAAAGGUCUACGAACCAUUAAUGCAUUGUAG